UGGACCUGCGAACGGAAUGAUGAAUUCAGACCAACAACCUGAACAAUACGCAUCUGGCCCCAAAAAACAGAAAAUGGCAACAUCUCCUGGGGCAAUGCAAAAAGUUUUUGUAUUGGAGGAGACAGAAGAAAGGAAAACUCUCGAAGGAAGACGGUUUGGAGUCACCAACUGUUUGGCAAAAUCCUCCAAUUAUAACUCUCUUCAUGAAAUGAUAAUACCAGAAAAACAUAUUCCUAAGAUUCAAUCAAAUUUGAACAAAUUCGUCUUAUUAAAAGGAUAUUCCCAAAAGGAGGAUGGAUCCAUCCGUCUGGCAGAAAGUUCGACUGUCUUGAACACUUCUGAUUCACCAGUGUCAGCUGAGGUUAUUCAGAUGUUUAAAAAACCUGAACCAGUGCAGAUAGCUGCAAUAAAGACAAAAGACAAAGGCCAGCGAGUCUCUCUAAAGGCACAAGUGGAACAUAUUUCCAACUUGCUCACAACUAAUGCCUCCAAAAGGAGAAUAGUACGUCUGUCAGAUGAAACUGGAGAAAUUGAAUUAAAACUAUGGGGUGACAAGGCAAAUCUGAUUCAUGCAGCAAACGAGACAGUAAUCAUCACAUGCGUUGGCGUUGAUGUAUACAUGAGCAAAGUUUCGUUGAACACAACCAUGUCUACAACAAUCCAGGUUUCUGAUCAGCAAACCAGUAUCAAAGGUGUUGUGGAGGCAGCAAACUUUGAUGAUGAUGAAUUGUCUGUACUCAUCAAUGACCAACUAUUCACCAUUCCUCAAACUUUGAUGGACAGAAUAUUUCCCCUUGGGGAUUUCAGUUCCGAUGUUACAGUCACUGCUGCAGUAAGAGGGAAAAGUAUCAUCAGCAUCAUUCACAUCCAAGGAGAGGAUCUUGAUUGAAAAAAGGGAUAAAGAUGAAAGAAUAGCCUUUGACAGGGUUUGAUACCAAAGUAAAAGGGAUAAUUCAAAAACAGUGAAAUCCAGGAAGAAUCACUGAUGCCAGUUACUGAACGUUAAUUAGAUAUAGAUGUUAUGAUUUCAUUUUAUUGCUGGCAGAAACAGCAUUUUACUUUAACUUCAUGAAUUGUGCCAUCCAGUCUUAUUCUUACAGUAGGCAUUGCCUUUAAAAGAUAAGACGGUGUCCAACAAAAAAAGACAAUUAUGUAGCAAGUGUUUUUUUUUUCAUUUCCCUUAAAUAUGUUGAACAAAUACUUGAAAAAAAAAUAUCAUGUAAGCAUGCUGUUUUUUAAAACCUAUAAACUCAAUUUUUUUAAAUAUUAGGACCAAAGAUAAUAUGUUUCCAUUUAUUUAUAUUAUAUUUAUUAACUGCAAUAUUGAGACUUGUACAGAAAUAUGAUUUAUAAAAACUGUUACAUCACAAAAAAAAAAAAUUGGACUGACUUACAAAAAAUAUUCACAACAUUUCAUGUGUACAUUAUGUAGAUUAGGCAAAUUUUAAGUGUUUAAGGCACUCUACCCUACUCCCAAGUUAAGUUCUAUUAUUUUGUUUGUACACUAUGUAGAUUAGUUAACUUUUCACUAUUUCAUGCACUAUACCUUAAGUUACAGACACAGUACAGAUAUAUUUGUUCGUUUCAGAUUUGCAAUAUUAAAAUCCACAACGAAUGCAUAUUUUAAUCAUAUUCAUUGGCUUAUGAUAUUCUUUUUCGUAAAAUGAGAUAUUGUAUUACCUUUGAAGCAACUAAACAAUUGAAUUUUCUUGCCUUUUAAUAAUUGAAAAUGUUCCGCUACAUUCUCCAACACACAAACUUAUCGUCCUAUUUUUUAUCAUCACUUCAGACAGAAAAUAAUAUUUGAUGAUUUUGCUUGUUCACAAUUUUCCUCAAAAAGUUUAAACUAAGACAGAUCUUUCAAAUUGUCACUGAUGGUAAACAGUGUUUAGCCGUAGUGCUCUUUGCAUAUAUCACUAGCGGUCGUCACCGGAAGGAAACAAAAACGCAUUAAUUUCUGUCUUGUUUUCCAAUAUGUUUCUGUUAUUUUGCAAUAAAGAUGCUUAAACG